AUUUAUAGUCGUGUGAAAAAGAAAGUACGGUGUGUGAAUGUGCAGCGUCCUGGCAGUGAAACAAUGGAAAUGGUUCACAUGCUGGACCUGACGUUCACAAAGAUCUAAUAAUCUCAAAGCGACUCACUGAUACAGUAGUACUGAUACAGUAGUACAAUACACAACAGUCACGUGAUGGACCACUUACUGAUGGAGUCAAAAGAAAGAUGAUGGGUACAGUGUCAGAGACAGACAGGAGGAAGUGGCAAUGGAUAAAUGUGAAACAGUAUGAUCCACCACAGACUCUCAUAUCUGUCUGAUCACACACUGAAGACUCACAGGAUGAACUUCAGAGGAUUGUUUGAACUUUUCUUGUUCAUCAGUUUGAUUUCUGCUACUAAAGGUGGAGCCAAGUUAAUUGGACCGUCAAGGCCAGUGCUGGGAUUAGUUGGGGACGAUGUGAUCCUGCCAUGUAGCCUGCAACCUGCAGAGAGUGUUGCUGAGGCCACAGUGGAGUGGUUGAGGCCUGACCUGAGUAACAGUAACGUCUUCAUUUUCCGUGAUGGGCGGGAGUCAUACCAAGACCAAAACCCAUCCUUCCAACAAAGGGCAACUUUGUUCCUACAGCAACUUAAGAACGGCAACAUGUCGUUAAAACUGAGUCGUCUUCAACUCUCCGAUGCUGGGGACUACACAUGCAAAUGGAUCAAAUCAGGGUCGCAAACCUCCAUCCAAGUCCGUCUUGCCAUAGGUGCUGUUUCUGAGCCUAAAAUCUACGCUAAGAGAGAAGGCACAAAGGUAGCUCUGCAGUGUGAAGCUAACAACUGGUACCCACAGCCUGAGAUGGAGUGGACGGACGGGAAGGGAAACAUCAUCUCUCAUGACUCCAACAUUACAAAGAAUGGUCAAUACUACUCUGUCCAUGGAACAAUCGAAGUGGAGAUGACAGAGAAUGUUUACACCUGUACAGUUCGACAACAGAACAUCAAACAGUCCAGGGAAACAAAUUAUACAGUUGUCUGCCAGGAAGCAUCCUCACAGCCAAUCAUAUGGGCUAUAGUUUUUGGACUUUUAUUUGUGAUUUCUGCUGUUGCUGGGAUUGUGGCAUGCAAACGUGGGCGCUAAGCUUGACCUCAGCCUGCUGGCAGCCUUUCUAGCCUAUAGCGUUGAGCUUCAGGUUGUUUUCACUGCACUACAUGACCAGCUGAUCAAUCUCCCUCCUGUAUGUGGACCCAUCCCCAGGUGCUGCUGAUGGUGUACAGCGAGAAGAGUAGAGGGGAGAGAACACAGCCUUGAGGAGAGAAAAAAUUUAGAAAUGUGACAAAGAUUUGUAAAAUUGCUAUGUUACUGUAUUGUUAUUCAUUUAAGGGUUUGAUGGAGCAGAUGACUUGGCUCACAGAGAUCUGUAAAUACUGCUUAUUAAAAGUGUAACUGUAUUACCUGCAUGUAUGCCAAUAAAGUCCUGAAUCUUGAA